UCAAACAACAAUGGCGACCGAAGAUGAUCCAGACAGUGAACGUGCUUCAAAUGUCCUGGGCUUUUGGCGAUGAAUGAAGGCAGCGAAAGUGUUGCCUCGUGGAGCAAUGCCUCAGUUUUACCUCUCUUUCUCGUGAUUACAACGGAACGCGAGACAAGCUCAGUCGCUCAGUACCAUGCAUGCAGCCGAGGGGACGUGGACUCUUCCAAGUCAGGGAGAGUUUUCCCUGCUCGAUCUAGAUGCAGAUAACAUUAAAACUGUGGAAGAGACUACAAAGCGGAUUCAGGAAAACCUUCACUCUUCUCGUGAUUCAGGGUUGUUAAAUACCAUGAUGGAAUAUUACUUAAAAACGCGUUCCCCUACAUGUUUGCAGAUUUUGAGCGGCAUCCACGAAGCGCGAGCUCAGGCAUUAUUUGAGAAAAUGAACGAAUGCCUGAAACAUGCGCCGUCCCGUUUGGACACCCUAUCGCUACUGGGUCAUAUUGUGCGAAGGCAGCCUUCCUGGUUGUACAAGAUUAUAGACACAUCCUUGUUUGAAAGUCUCUUGAAGUGCAUGAAGGGAGAUGAAGAUGUGUUGGUUUUAACAAGUGGUGUUUUAACCAUUACAACUUUGUUACCAUUGGUACCAGCCUCUAUUGGUCAUUGUUUACAGGAUUUAUUUGAGAUAUUCUCCAGACUGUCCUAUUUUAGAGUUCGUCAUUCAGGUAAUGCCCCAGAAGUGCACCUCCUCCACCUUCACGUCGCAGUAUACAUGUUUUUUCAUCGUCUGUAUGCCAUGUAUCCUAACAAUUUCCUGGCAUAUCUGAGAGUAACCUACAGUAAGCCUUCCAAACAGAAACUUUUCCAGAAGGCAAUCAAGCCAAUGAUGGAGCAUGUGAAACUUCACCCAUGUAUUAUUACAGAAACUGUGCACACUGAGACGGAAAAACACAGGUGGCGACAAAAAGAGCCUCACGAUAUUGUGAUAGAAUGCAUGAAGCUGUCACUGGACCCAGUUGACAGAAUGCAAGAGAAGGGAAGUUUAAUGUCAUCAUGGACUUUCAAGCAUAGUCACCAAGACCUUUUUGCAGACAAAUCCAUCAGCUCUGUAUUGACAACAUCAGGUGAUAGUCAAGGACCUGAACCAAGCAGAUUAAAAGAACGUCGUAUGUCAGACUCUGCAACACAGACUGGCAAAUCUCUACAAAGUGGUGACAGUGGCACUGGGUCUGAAAGUUUGCCAAUUAUUGCUACCGACAGGAUUGAGUUAAAUGCAACUCCUGGCUGGAGUCCUUCUGAUGUUUGUGGGUUAAACACCCCACCAUCAUCUCAGAUGUCGCCUUCAACAAGCUAUCCCGAUCUAGUAGCAUCCAUACCUAUCCAGUCUCACUGCAGUACCCCAGGAAUAGUUUACACCCCAGGGCAAUCCCCGACAACAUCUCUUGGGGAAGACUUACAAGGAUAUUCAAGCUCACCUUCAGUGACUGCUGGCAGUAGAGGAAAGUUUGUGACUUCAGGGGGGAUGAACAAUGGAAAGGGGAAUUCAGUUAAAGGUGGGAAGGCUGCUAGUCAAGAGGGGCCAUUAACCAGAACUUUAAUAUCAUUGUUAGCUGAGCAAAGUUAUGAUUCAGCCCCUGCAGCCAUUGGGGAACAACAGACAUCAAUGCCAGGGAAUUCAACAAAAUGUGAGAAGGACAACUUUGAUGCAGUUCUAUCUGAUAGACAAAAUUUAUUGAUUUCUCCAAAUGCUGAUGAAGUACAUGAAGAGGUGUUUAAUGAGGAUCCCUUGACUUUAAGUACAGAACAAUUUCAAUUAUCAAUUAUUUCUCCUAAGGAGGAAUUUAGAGACUCUAAUGACCAAAAGGAUUGUGAUCCAGAUGCAAGAAAACUUGAUACGGUUGAGUCAUGGAAGGAUGCUAUGUGUAAUGAUGUUAUGGAAGAUGCAUUAACCCCUGUAUGUGGUCGAUCUUUAGAUGCAGAAACAUUAUCAAACACACCCAUUAAUGAAACCAAUGAAUCCACAAAUGUUUGUUCUUGUAUAGAAGUUCAGGACACAGAGAGUAGUGAUAUAUCAUAUGCUCAUGCUGUCCCUAAUGUUUCAUCAAUGAGUGAAGAAGCAAGCAAGUCUUUAGUGACUGUACCUGAUUUACAUGUACACCAAGAGCAAACAAAGUUGGGAGAAGUGGACGAAAAUGAAACAAGCCUGAAGUGGGAUGAAUGCUCCUUAAAUGUUUCCAAACCACAUGCUCUAAUUCAAGCUGGGCUGCAGGACCACCUUCCAUUGCAAGCAUGGGACUUGAUUGCAGCUUUUCCACAGCUGUUUAGAAAUGAACAGGAGCAGACUGUUAACAGUACUAUGGCUGACAGAGAGGACUUGGGAACACAACCACAGAUGCAUUGUCUAACGCCAGUUGAGAUUCUUGACAAUUACCUGAAAACAGGCAAGGGCAUACACAAUGGUGAACUCACAAGGAUUCCUCUUGUCAAUCAAGCUGGUACAGUUUGGACCCAUUUUGGAGGUGAUCCUCCAGUAGAUGAAGUAGAGAUUUUGAGAGGACAAGUUAAGUUGCUUCAUAAUCAGCUAUUGUUUGAGCGACACAAGUGUGAUCUUCAUGCUAUCCGUAACAGGAGACUUGUAGGGAAGACACUCAAGGCUGUACAGUAUCAGGAAGAACUUCAGGCCACAAAAGAUCAGCUGAGACUACAGGAGGAUAAAAUGAGGGAACUUACUGAUGCACUCAAUAAUAAAGUGGAAGAGAACAGGAAAUUUAAAGGAAUCACUUCUGCAUGGGAUCAACAACAACGGAUGCAGCUGAGUGAUUUGUCAAAAGAGAAUACUCAGUUGAAAAACACGCAAAGGGAACUCCUUGAGAAACUUGAAGUGCAGCAGAAAGAUUUUGAUACAAAGCAAACUGAGGUUAACCAGGCAAGAGCUAGAAUAUUCACAUUGGAAAAAGAGUUAGAUCAUCUGAAAACAUGCUUAGCGGAAAAAGACCGGCUAUCAGAUCAGAUGGAUCACCUUGUCAAGGAACACCUGAUCAUGGGAGAAUUAAAUCAACAACAGAAAGAUACAAUUAAGAAACUUAGUCUGCUUGAGGGACAGAAUCCGGAAAGCAGCAUGCAGUUACAUAGUUGUCACAGGGAACUAGGAGCUGCCAAACAGACAGUGAAAAGGCAGAAAGCUGAACUUGAAGCUCUGAAUGCAAAACUUGCAGAUAUAGAAUCACUUACUAAUAGCAAGGAUAUCGAAAUCAGAGAAUUAAAGAAAUUCUCUGAACUGUUGAAAGGAACUUACAAUGGAAAAAUAGAGAGUUUGGAAGAAAAAUACAAUGCCCAAAAGAAGGUGAUUCAAGCCCUAGAAUCUCAUAUUUUACAUGUGCAGUCAGUGGAAAGUGGAAAAAAGGAGGAAAUGGAGCGCAACCCCUAACUAUUCAACUUAUUUAAGUAAUUAAAGUGUUAGACCCUAACUUACUUAAAUUAAUAUUUAUUUUUUACCAGUAGGAUAUUCAAAACAGGUCUCUUACUGCAGCUUGUUCUCCAAGCUGACUGGUUAGAACGUUUACUGCUGUAGUUAAUUUAUCUCUGGAUUUCCAGCACAGAGAAACUUUCAUGUGUGUGUUAACUUAAUUUGCCUUACUUACUGUGUAAGAGUCUACAACUGAGACUGCUUGAUUUAAGAAUCAUAUUCACUAUUCUUAUAGUAUUAGUACAUAUACUGUAACUGGCCUAAGUACCAGGCCCUCUUUCACUGCACAUCCUACUAAAUUGAAGAGUUUGUUUGCUUUGAAAUUUUCCCCUUCUAUUUGCAACCAGAGAAAAAGUAAAUAACUUGCUAGCCUUGUUUUCUUGGUCGGUACUGUAAGUUACAAUGCAAACCUCAAACUUGGUUAGUUAGUAAGAAGAAUGUAUUCUUCUCUUCCCUAAUGGUAGACCACUAUUUUACAU